GACGAGAACACCAUCUGCGUUGCCGCCAUCUUGGGCUCCACUUACAAUGGGGAAUUCGAGGAUGUGAAGCUGCUCAACGAUCUGCUGGUGGAGAAGAACAAGGAAACUGGGUGGGACACYCCCAUCCACGUGGACGCGGCCAGCGGUGGGUUCAUAGCGCCGUUCCUGUACCCAGAGCUGGAAUGGGACUUCAGGCUUCCUCUGGUGAAGAGCAUCAACGURAGUGGCCACAAGUACGGGCUUGUCUACGCCGGAAUUGGUUGGGUCAUUUGGAGGACCAAGGAGGAUCUGCCGGAAGAGCUCAUUUUCCACAUCAAUUAYCUUGGAGCCGAUCAGCCCACAUUCACCCUCAAUUUCUCCAAGGGGUCUAGCCAGAUCAUUGCCCAAUACUACCAACUGAUCCGUCUGGGUUUCGAGGGAUACAGAAAUGUGAUGCAAAACUGUCACGACAAUGCAAUGGUUCUGAAGGAAGGACUUGAGAACACAGGGCGGUUCACUAUCGCGUCAAAGGACGUGGGAGUUCCAGUGGUGGCGUUCUCUCUGAAAGACCGAAGCCGCCACGAUGAGUUUGAGGUGUCGGAGAUGCUGCGUCGCUUCGGGUGGAUCGUGCCAGCGUACCCAAUGCCGGAGGGUGCCAAGCACGUGUCAGUUCUUCGUGUUGUGAUUAGAGAAGACUUCUCUCGGACCCUUGCGGAGCGGCUUGUGCUUGAUAUCGUUAAGGUUCUGGCAGAGCUUGAUACUCUUCCACCGAAGAAUAGUUCAGAAAAUGGUGAGAAGGGGAAAAUUGAGAGUGGAGUGAAGAAGACGGCAGAGGAAACAGAGAGGGAAAUUGCGACUUAUUGGAGGAAUAUAACGAAGGCCAGGAAAAUAAAGCUUGCUGCUAAUCAGACUGGUCCUUCAGUUACCGUCGUUGCCAAAUAAAUAAGAAGAGGACACCCACACGUUGGAUGGAUAGUACUAAAUUUUGAUGCAACAAGUAUAAGAAAAUAAAUUUCUUUCGUUAUUAUUAUUAUUUUUUAAUUUCUAAAAGUUUUGGUCCUAAGUUAUAGCUAAUGUUAGUUUACCUACCUUGACUUGACAAUAUUUGUGUAAUGAGUUGUGAAAUUGAGAAAUAAAAUAGUUUAAUUUUGGCAU